UUAAGCCCACCCCACUCCACAUGAUCGAGAAUGACGGUUGAAGCUAGAAUUAUACAACAAUGUCAAUCGAUGUUCUUUUUUAUCCCCAAUGAUCGGCCACCGGAUUUCAGAAUUUAAGAAGGAAAAUAUGUUUAGGUAGGUAUUCCUUUGAUCUUAUGGUUUGGUAUUACCUAUCUUGUAAAAUUUGUUAUCUUUGUUUGGUCACAUAAAUCAACGUAUACGCACAAUUCUUUAAGGACUUCUUACUUAUUCAAUAAAAGAAAAAGGGUCAAUUCGCUGAAACCAACCGUCGUCGCCUUACGCGAACUUUUAUUUCUCUUUGCAGUGAACAUAGUAAAAGAAAUACGGACCAAUAAGAUCAAUCAUAACAUUCAACACCAUCAUUCAACGCGCUCUUUCAACCAGCACCCAAAGUAAGUGAACUUUCCGGAUUUAGCAUCCGAGCUGAUCCACAAGGUUUACUUGUAGCCAUCUUCACUCGCCGAGUUGAAAGUCGUUAAGACUCAAGCUUUUGUGCAGAAGUUUGGUCUCAUGUUAGCCAUCACAGGUUCAUUUCACUGACAUUUGCAUACAGAGCUAUUUCCCCGAGAUGUUCGCUUUGCACUUUUUGACUCGCAGAUAUAGAAUUCUUAUCCUCCUUCCCAUCUUUUUUCCAGCUGGUACAUCUAUAAAGAUCAACGAGCGAGCAAUUUUUGGGACUCUUACCUUGUAUACGGGGUGCAGUGUCUCUUUGACUUUUUGCAAAUUUCGCCCUAGCCAGCUUCGUCAGGUUGAUGAAACCUUCUAUGCGGGAACAGGUGAUGACUUGAAUGCUACGAGAGAAACUCUUUGUUGGCCGGAAUUAGAGAUAGGAGCAUGUUGCAGUGAAUUCAAGUCUCCGUCCAUAUCGCGGGGUGAUUUCUAAUUGGAUAUUUUAUGUGCUGUAGUGUACCUCGAUGUCAUUCCUGUAGUAAAAUGUUUAAUUGACAGGGAUUAUUCACCACUAAGCCGUAGACCUUUUAUUGGCCCAGUUAUGCGGCUGGCUGCCUGGGCAGGAAAUACACACAUACUAGAAUAUUUGCAGCCGAAGAAGGUUGAGCUAGAAGGCCUUGAAUCAAGGAGGGCACUUUUGAACGGCUAUUAUUACACAGUCGCUGGGACUCCGAGUAGUGGAGAUUUAAACAUGGUCAGAAUUGCUGUAUUUUUACUAUCGUGGGCAACUCGAGAAAGUAUGGACCUCAUGCGCAAGUUAUUUGGUAAUUUGGAGCGUGCCUCAAAGGAUGGAUGUUCAAAGAAUGGAUAUGCUUUUUUAAUUGCACUAGUUAAUGCGA